AUGGGUUUGUCCUCACUUCAAAAGACGACAGCUGCGUUGAGAAUGCUUGCUUAUAGAGUAGCGGCAGAUUAUGCAGAUGAGUAUGUACGAAUCGAAGAAAGCACUGCAAUAGAAAGCAUUAAAAAGUUUGUUAAGGCAAUUAUUGCAAUAUUUGGUGAAGAGUACUUAAGGUUUUACCUUGAAGCUGUGGCAUCAUAUGAUUUGUGGAUAUGGCAUGCAUUCUUUGGAUUACCGGGAUCUCAUAACGAUAUCAAUGUGUUGGAACGAUCUACUGUAUUUGGUGAACUUGUGGAAGGACGUGCUCCACCAGUCAAUUAUUCUGUUAAUGGUCACAAUUAUACGAUG